AGAAAAACUCCUGGUUCAUCUGAGCUCUCGUGACACACUAUUAUAAAGAUGGCGUUUAUUAAAGAGGAGAGUGAAGACAUAAAGAUUGAAGAAGUGUUCAGUGUGAAACAUGAAGAAACUGAAGAACAAACAGUGAUCUUUUAGGUUCAUUACAGAACUGUGGCGGGACAGAUUAAACCAUGGCAGAUCAUCUUUGUAAUUAAAUCAGAAAUAGACAUUUGAUAUAGAGUGCAAUAAAGCAGACCUGAUGCAGCUGAAAGAGGAGAGUCAAGAACUGGAGGAGAAAAAUUAUUAUGAAAAUGAUCAUGGUUUCAAAACUGAAGAAAAAUCUUUUAGUUGCUCAAUGACAAAAAUGGUUCCCUCACAAAAAAGAGUUCUGAAGACAGAAACUAGUAGUGAUUUCACAUGCCAACAGUGUGGAAAAUGUUUCGGUCGAAAACAAUACCUUACAAUCCACAUGAGAAUUCACACUGGAGAGAAGCCUUUCACCUGCCAGCAGUGUGGAAAGAGUUUCACUCAAAAAUCAAGCCUUAAUAUCCACAUGAAAAUUCACACUGGAGAGAGUCCUUACACCUGCCAAGAGUGUGGAAAGAGUUUCACUCAAAAAGGAAACUUUAAUGUCCACAUGAGAAUUCAUACCGGAGAGAAAUCUUUCACCUGCAACCUGUGUGGGAAGAGCUUCUCACUAAAAGGAAAUCUACAGAUUCAUAUGAGAACUCACACUGGAGAGAAGCCGUUCACAUGUGAUCUGUGUGGAAAGAGUUUUCCACACAAAGGACGGAUUAAAGUGCACAUGAGAAUUCACACUGGAGAGAAGCCGUUCACAUGUGAUCAGUGCGGAAGGUGUUUCAGAUGUAAAUUAACUCUUAAAAGCCACAUGAGCACUCACUCAAGAGAGAAGUGUUUUAAAUGUCAUCAAUGUGGAAGGAGCUAUACAUGCAGUAAACGUCUUAAGAAACACGUAAUAACUCACAACGGAGGUACGCCCUUCAUGUGCCUUCACUGUGGAAUGACAUGCUCAAGCAAUGCAAGCCUUGAGGUUCACAUAACAAGUCACACUGAAGAGCCUUUCACAUGUCUUCAGUGUGACAUGAGUUUCACAAAUGAAAGAGACAUGAAACAUCAUUUGAAAACUCAUUCUGGAAAGAAACUUUAAUAUUGCAAAAAAAAUAUUUUGCCAUCACAUUUGCAGAUACUCCCAAGGCCCUGUUUCCACCUGGUAUUAAGAUUUAAUCCGUCACUUUUGUUCACUUCUGUCCUGAUUUCUUCGAGGGGAGUGUCUACCCAUAAAGUAAAUGUAUGGUUUUUAUCAGAUCUUUUGAUCAAAUGGACAAAAUAAGGUUGCGCAAUUUACAUAUGAACAUACUAUGAGCAUCAGCUUUCGUUUCUGACAGAUGCAAGAUCACAUUGAACAUGGUGAGUGUGUGUUAGAAAUCAGGAAUGGUGAGAUUAAAUUGUUUUGUCUCCAAACCAAACUUGGUUCUUUAGCCGACAAAGUUUAAAUCCCAUCUGGCUACCAAGCUUUCCAUAAUAUUUACACAUUAAGUCAGUAGGCAGAGAGUAGGCGGUCCUUUGUGGCUGUUCGAACACAUAUGAGGGUUUCCACUACGAAAGCAAUUUGGUCAAAUGCUUCAAAAGUGGAAGCCCAAAACGGUUUUUACCCCGUUUACACCUGUACAUAGCGUUGUCCACUUGAUCCGAUCGACCAAAAUGCAUCUUAAUACCAGGAAACUGGGCCUAAAAUGAAUGCAGGUGUGAGACCCUGUUUUUGUGUGGAAACUGUUUUAAAUGGCUCUGUAAUUUUAAAUGCCAAUAGGAAAUAUCUGAUAAAAUAAUUUUGAUUUCAUUUAUUUGAUUCAGUUCAAUACCUCACAAUCAAAAUGUUAUAUAAACUUCUGUCUUGGUGUGAAAUGCAACCAUGUAAAUGAUAAAAUAUUAAUAAAAGGACAAACUGAAUAAUAAAAAAAAAGAAUAUUGAAAUGAAUUACUGAUUC